CCCAACAACGCCAAUACCCACUCAGAAAAGAAGCUACAGAGGGCAUAACACCAGUUUUUAACUCUCUCCUCGAGGCUGGAAUUAUUAUUCCAUGUGAAGAUUCACCAGUACAGACUCCGAUCUUUCCAGUAAAAAAGAUCCGUCCUGCUGGACAGCCCACAGAGUGGCGUUUUGUGCAGGACCUACAAGCUGUAAACUCUGCCAUCAUCGCCCCUCACUCCUAAUGUUCCCAAUCCAUACACCAUUCUCAGCCAGAUUCCCUCUUCUGCUAAAUGGUUUUCCGUUGUGGACCUGUCUAAUGCUUUCUUCUUUAUCCCCGUUCAGAAAGACUCCCAGUUUUGGUUUGCUUUCCAGAUCGGAGGAAAGCGUUAUACAUGGACACGCCUGUGCCAAGGACUGACCUGCAGCCCUACCCUUUUUUGUCAGGCUUUGUCUCGCAGUCUCUCCCCUCUCACACUCUCUCCAGGUUCAGUCUUGCUGCAGUACGUUGAUGACCUUCUCAUCGCAGCCCCAACAAAAGAACAGUGUGAGACAGACACCAUCCUCCGCCUGCGCCAUCUUGCUGAAGAAGGCCAUAAAGCAUCCCUGUCUAAACUACAGUUUGUAAAACAGGAGGUGACCUUUUUAGGCCACAUCCUCACAUCACAGGGUAAAUCUCUCUCUCCCUCUCGGGUUAUAGCUGUGGCAGAGACACCUAAACCCAUGACUAAAAAACAAGUUCUUUCUUUCCUGGGCAUGUGUUCUUACUUUCGACAUUUUAUUCCCAAUUUCUCCGAGAUGGAGAGACCGCUGAGAGACAUCGUGCACAAAAGAGACCUGACAGCUUCCAGCCCCAUCCAGUGGACUGAGGAGGCAAACACUGCGUUUGAAAACCUUAAACUGUCCUUGCAGUCCACUCCCACUUUGGGCAUCCCAGAUCCAGAGAAGCCAUUCACACAGUUUGUUGAUGAAAAACAUGGCUGUAUGACCUCAGUUCUUUUACAGGCUCAUGGGGGUCAGCUGAAACCUGUUGGCUACUUCUCCCGCUUACUAGACCCUGUUGCCAGAGGCCUCCCAGCAUGCUUGCGUGCAGUGGCUGCCUGCGAGUCUGCAGUGCUAGCCUCACGUGACUUUGUGGGUUACACCCACCUGGACCUUCUGGUGCCUCACUCUGUUGCAUCUAUCCUACAGGAACAGAAAACAUCACACCUCACGGCAGCACGAUGGCUCAGAUAUCACACCACACUUCUAGGUUUGCCAAAUGUUCAUGUUAAAAAAUGUGCUGUGCUUAACCCUGCCACCCUCAUGCCUUUACCGGGUGAGGGUGAACCCCAUUCUUGCCUUGCAGAACUCCAACACACCUGCACCCCGAGACAGGACCUGAAAGAUGUACCUCUCACUAACCCUGAUCUCAUUUUCUAUGUUGAUGGUUCUGCUUUCAGAGAUCCUGCACGGGGCACGGCCCAUGCAGGAUUUUCUGUUGUUGAUGAUGUUUCUGUUGUUUGUUCCUCUCAUCUGCCUUCUCAUUACUCAGCACAAGCAGCAGAACUGGUGGCCCUGACUGAAGUCUGCAAAAAGGCAAAAGGCAAAACUGUUACCAUCUACACAGACUCUCGCUACGCGUUUGGAGUUGAUUUUGGAGUCCUUUGGAAACAUCGCAAAUUUCUCAAAUCAGAUGGUAGGACCAGACCUCUGACACAUCAAGCUGCACACCCAGCACCAGACAGACCCUUUCAACAUGUCAUGAUGGAUUUCAUCAAACUAACCCUCAGUGAGGGUAAAAGGUACUGUCUGGUACUGGAGUUUGGACUCGUCUGUGGAUGA